AUGAAGGUCUUCUCCUUGGCCUUGCUGACCCUGCUGCUGCUGGCUAUCUGGGCUGAAAGCGAGGGUGUGUCCUUCCGCAGCCCCUACAGCGCAUGCUGCUACAAGGAGAUGUUCAUCCAGCAGAAAAUCCCUGCCUUCCUCAUCACGAGCUACCAGAGGACGCCUUCCCACUGCUCCCGCAAGGCCGUGCGUGUGGAGCUGCUGAAGGGGAAGAAGGUCUGUGUGGACCCGAAAGAGGGCUGGUUCCAGAAGUACCAGCAGCAGAAAAAGUACCAGCAGCAGCAGAAGUCAACCAGCACCUCCACAUGA